CUCAACUUCACUGCUUCAUCGUGCAUUCACAGUCCCUGAUCUGCACAAUAAGGUACUGUCUCAGUGUUGAAGAAAACGUGCUGGGAAUGGAAUCAUGUCGAUUGCACCAACGCUAGAUCGAAGUUUAUCGCGCUUUUGAACAUCACUAACUGGAAUAUCAAAACACCACCACCAAGGAAUUUCCCCCUCUUAUUGAUACAAUCAGGCCCGUCGUCACGAGUACACGCAAAGGCCUCAUCAGUCUUAUCAUGGAUGAGCCUGCCAAGCCCUUAGUGCAUUCACAUGGCACCUUUGAAUGAAGUUGUGAUGGAGUCUCUCCUAGCCUCACCUAGUCACCGUGCCAGCUUCAAGACGCUACAGCUGAAUUAUUUGCGGAGACUCUCAGUCGUUGACAGGCCUUGACACCAGGCUCAUUGAGAUCUGCGGCACCAGCUGGGUGGUUCAAAGCUUCGAAAUCCUUGUUCCCAAGUGUCGUGGCCGUGGAGACCGCGUUCACCGUUUACGCCCCUCAACCCAAUUCACCGUAGCUGCUGCCACCGACAGCUUGUCCAACUUCACCAAUCCAGCGAGAUUUGCCGAAGGGGAGAGAAAGGAGACACCGCCUAUCGCUAUGACGCUAAGGUUGAUGGCGAACAACCCGCACAGACAAUAUCGCCGACAUGGGGGGUGAGAUGAGGAGGUCAGAAUCGACGACAAACUUGUAUAUAACUCGAGGUCAUCUUCCUCCAUCAACCGGUUUCUUCUCUCUCAUCAUCACACACUCACAACACUCCUUCACUACUACAACUAAUACCUAAUACACAACAGUCAUUCUUUAAUACCAACAUCCAACUACUCUUACAUUCUUUAGAUCCAUUCUUUUCAAUCACCAACCACCAACAACCGCAAACAUGAAGUUCUUCAGCGCUGCUCUCUCCGCCGCCACCAUUGGCUCCGCUCUUGCCUCUCCCAUCCUCGGCUCUGCCUGCGGUGGUCAGGGCGCUGCCCCCUCCGGCAUCAACGGCCUUUCCUCCGGUGCCGCUCUCCCCUCCGGUGCUGCUCUCCCCUCCGGCGCCGCUCUUCCCUCCGGCGCCGCUGUUCCCUCCGGCCUUGCCUCCCCCAUCAACGGCGAUAACUUGGUCCCCGCCCCCGUCCAGACCUUGACCUCCGCCACCACCCUCUACCAGACCUGGGCCACCACUGUCUCCGACUCCAAGACCCAGUACCUCACCUCUGGCUUGGCCGUCCCCACCGGUGUUCCCUCCGUUCCUUCCACCGGCGGCGCUGGUGCCGGUGCCAUCAACGGCAAGGCCCCUGUCGUCAUCGUCAAGGAGGUCACCACCAUCGUCCUCAACAUCGACGUCCUCGUCAAGGCCGACAUCGCCCACAUCCUUGAGCUUCUCGAGGUCAAGGCUGGCGUCGACGCCCAGCUCCUCCUCGAGGCCCUCGUCAGCCUCCAGGGCCACCUCCACACCGUCGUCACCGGUGUCGUUCCCCAGAUCACCGCCCUCAUCCGCCCCGAGGUCGGCCUCGUCGCUGGCGAGCUCCAGAUCGUCCUUGACCUCAUUGCCGAUGUCGAGAUCCUCCUCAGCCAGGUCGAGAACUGCCUCAAGCACCUCGUCGCCACCGUCAGCCACGACGUCCUCAAGGUCAUCGGUGCUGAGCUCAACCUUGUCUCUGGCCUCCUCCUCCCCAUUGCUACUCCCAUUGUCAACUUCGCCCUCCGCGCUGUUGUCGGCCUCCAGAUUGAGGCUCCUCAGCUCGUUGCCCAGAUCCAGGCCCGCGCUCACUCCAUCAACCUCCUCGCUGGUGGCCUUGUUGGCUUCCUCAGCGCCACCCUCAAGAUUGUCCUCUAAAUUCUUUAACCUGCCCGGUUUUAGAUUCAAGAGUGCGAUGCUCAGAUGAUAGGCGGAUGAGUAGUACGAGUAAGAAGUGGAGGAAUGAGAAGGAGAAGGAUGAGUGCCGGGAAGAGUAGGAGUAGGAGUUAGGAAAAGGAGUGGAGAGGAGUGGAGUGUCGGGGGAGUCAGACAAAACAUAGAAAAGCAGUGGACAAAAAAAGAGGAGGAAGAGGAAGAGGAUAGGAGUGGUGAAGAGGGGGCGAGGAGUUGAGGGGGAUAGAGUCGCAUAGAGGUAGCCAAGGGUAUAGAUCGGGAGGAGUUCUUGCAUAUAAAUCAUUGGGGGGUCCUUUGCUCUGAACGUAGAGAGUAGUCAAUAAUUGUCUUUAAUAGAGGUAGCUAGCUGAACAAAAGAACUUGGUUGUUUGAAAAAUA